AGGAGCUCCACAAGCCCUGGAGCCCAUGGCUGCCUCAGAAAAGGCUCCCUGGCUGGCAGGGGGAACUCCCCAGAUGUGUAACGGGGUGUGAACAGGGGAAAAACCUCAGCAAAAUGCCACCAGAGCUCUUCUGCUUCAUCCUCUGCGCCCUGAGUGCACCAGACCUCUCAGGAGGAGAUGUUUUGUUGCCAGCACCUCAGAGUAUCUCCAUUCUUUCAACCAACAUGAAACACUUCUUAACUUGGAGUCCUGUGAUCGUCCAGGGAGCAACUGUGAAAUACUCAGUUGAGUUUCAGGGGGAAUACGAGCGGGAAUACGCCGGCGGGAGCUGGAUCCCCAUCUCGGAGUGCUCCCCCACCACAGCCACGCUCUGCAACGUCACCGAGGACAUCUCGGCCCCCGUGGCCUACAAGCUGCGUGUCAGGGCAGAGCUGGGUGCCACCAGGUCACCGUGGGCCACCACCGAGGGCUUCUUCAGCCGCGCCAUGACGUCCCUGACGCCCCCCGAGCUGAGGGUGCUGGCAGACGGGCAGCACGUCCUGGUGCAGCUGGCAGACAUGGGACCCUCCUUCCAGUUCCGGGUGCUCUACUGGAGGAAGGGCCACGAGAACAGGGUGCAGCAGAAGGUGCUGAAGGAGGUGAGCUCCGUGGUUCACCUGGACACCAUGGAGGCAGGAGCUGAGUACUGUGUGAAGGCUCAGACACACGUCGAGGCCAUCAACAGGAGCAGCAGCUUCAGCCCCACGCAGUGUGUGAGGGCACAGGGUGACACAUCCCUGUGGCUGCUGACUGCCCUCCUCUCCUCUGCUGCCUUUGCUGUGGCAGCCUUGACCCUGCCCUUCCUCACCUGGAAAAUCAGUAAAGUGUUCCAAUAUUCCUGCUGCCCCACUGCUGUCCUGCCAGACACACUGAAAGAAACAGAGCCCCCCACCCAGCUGAUCCUGCGGGACAGGGAAGAAGCUGAGCAAUGUGACCUGAUGGUGGUGGUGAUGCCCUCAGAAGAAGCUCUGCAGCUGUGGAUUCAAAAAGCACUUUAGAGCACCCUGGAAAACAAACAGGCCCUUUGCAGCAUCUUCAUCCACCUACAUCAAAAGCAGGCGAAGGUGACAGCUGCCAGCUCCUGUCCUUGUCCUUCCUGUCCCUACCCAGGAGCAGACACAGGGUGACCCACGCUCCCUUUUGCAGCCACCCUGGUGCUCCCAAGGCAGAGCUCACCAGAGCAGGACAUGGAGAGCCCAGGCCUUGGUUCCAAUCAUUUCAGCCUUGGUGUUUUUACCUCAGUAAGUGCUUCACAGAAUUCACAGAAUUCACAGAAUUCACACAGUCACAGAAUUCACACAAUCACAGAAUCACCAGGUUGGGAGAGACCUCCAAGAUCAUCGAGUCCAACCCAGCCCUAACACCUCGACUGAACCAUGGCACCAGUGCCACAUCCAGGCUUUGUUUAAACACAUCCAGGGAUGGUGACUCCAUCACCUCCCUGGGCAGGCCAUUCCAGUAUUUUAUUAUGCUUUCCAUGAUUUUUUUUUCCUAAUAUCCAACUUAUAUUUCCCUUGGAGCAGCUUAAGGCUGUGUCCUCUUGUUCUUAUCAUAUUCUUCCAUGGCUAAGCCAACUGGAAUGGCCAGGGGGAAAUGCAGACCCUGAAGGGAGGUCACAUUCCUUGGAAAGGGCAGUGAGUGCCUGCAGCAUCCUCCUCUGUGCACAGGUCACGGUGCUGGUGCCACCAAAACCUGCAAACAACGCCGUGAGGGGUGCCAGGCUUUCACCAGUGCUUUGCAAGGAGGGAUGUGGGGAACAGCCAGAUUCCAGGAGAGGUUGGAGGGAGAACCGGGAACCUCGUGGGGAGCAGAGCUCUGCAAGACCAGCAGCAUCACUGGCAAUGUACAGCUCCAACAUCGCCCAGUCAGGGUGUCAAAAACACAAAAGCUGUGUACACAUGAAGGAAAAGCCAGAACAUUUAAAGAGAAGAAAAUUAGGGGUGAAUUAUUUAAAUGAGAGAGGAUUGGAGUAGAAAAAUAUUGGGAAAAGACAGAGAAAGAUCGGCUCCAGAAAUAGUAAAAGAAAAGGGAAAAGAGAAAAAAAGAUGAAUGAGUAGUGGUCAGGAUUGCCCAGGGUGCCUGUGGGUUGCAUCCCUGUGGUUCAACACCAUACCUGAAACAGGACAGUGAUUAUUUCACACAAGACAGAUGUGGUCAGGAGGGCCAGAGUGGGGGGAAAAUGCAGUGCUUAUCUUGGCAAACAGAGGAAUAUCAGGCUGGAUGGAUGGAGAAUCACAGCAUUACCAUGUAGUGACCAUCCCAGGCCUGACAACACCAUUGUCCUCCAGGUAUCUCCUCUUCCUAAGGAAGGAAAUUGCAAAAGACAAGAGAAAUUCCUUCUAAAUACAAAUAAAAUGAAGGUGUUGUGUAUAUUUCAA